UGUGCUUAUCAGGACUAUAAACUCCAUCACUCCAUCCAAUCUACUAUAGACAUAAGAGCAUCUCUCCAUUAAGCAAGCUGUUUGAAUGAAAAGAAAACUAUACUGCACAGCUUAAGCCAAGCCAAGCGACUAGAUCACAGAAGUAAAUCUUGCUAGACUAUGAAAAUAAACCAGUUCCUGUCUCUCUGGUGGUGUAACUCAUUUCCUGUAUCUCUGCUGCUGCUGCUGCUGUUUGACUCUUUCUGUUAAGACUGUUGGUCUCACAGAUAUGGAGUUUCUGAUGACAGAGGCAACUUACAAACUUCUUAUCAUUUUAUGCAUGAUACAAGGAACGUACGGAAUGCUUAUACAUCAUAACGUGUCCAUAACUGCUGUGGAGGGACAGAACGUCAGUCUGUCAUGCUUUGUGGGAGAGGGACAUGAAAUCAAAGUUAUCCAGCUGGAAUGGCUAAAACAGCAAAAAGGAGAUGAGAAGAAUGAGAAGAAUGAUAAGAAGAUCGUGGUGUUCCAUCCGACAAUGCCAGAACAUUACUUUCAAAUCGGUCCUCGUCUGACGACGAUGACCAGUUCAAAAACUGGACAGCUACAAGGCUCUGUCCUGACCCUGUAUGAAGUUACCAUGAAAGACAGUGGGAACUAUACUUGCGAAAUUACUUCUUAUCCUAAUGGCUCGAUUAAAAGAACUACAACGCUGCAGGUCACAGAGCCUCCAGCAUCAGCGAAGAUGUCAUAUACAUACGGAUUCAUAAAAGAGGGAGAUGAAGUGAAAAUAACUUGUUCAGCAAGCCCUCCACCACAGGGUUAUGGACUAAGACGGUCAAAGGACAAGCUAUUUUGGAUGGAAAGCUUGAAUGGAGAGUUCAUUUUACCAAACGUCAACAGAAACAACAGCGAUCUUUACAUCUGUUCACCUGAAUGGUCAUCUGUCCACAAUCAGCAAGGUCUCAAUACCACUAUGGAACUGACUGUCAAUUUUCUUGAUGACAUUGAGUGUAACACAAGCAGCCCUUUUAAUGUCAGUUUUGGUGAGGAUGUGACGAUUUCUUGUAUUGCAAAAGCAUCUCAGUACUUACAAUAUAAGUGGAUGAGGGAUGACACAACACUGUCUCUCUCAGACACUUUGUCUCUGACUUCCGUGACAUCUAACCAGUCAGGAACAUACAAACUGACAGCUGUCUUUCAGGACAAUCAGCUCCAGACAGACAUAGAGUUGUCUAUCCAUGUUUUCUCAAAGCAAAUCGAAGGAAUGACAACACCUUCCUCAGUAAGAAUCACCAAACAUCUGAGGACCUUUACCUCCAUGCGAAUCAGCUCAUGGAACACUGGUGCUAUUGAGACAACAACAGAAUCUGCUCACUUCCUAACCAGCACAUCAAAACCAAAUGCUACCACGACAAACCUACAACCCGGACGCACCAGCCAAAGCACUCCUCUCAAAGGCAGCUCUUCUGCUCCACCUGUUGGCAAUGCAUCUACAUUACAUACAAGCACUGUAAAAUCUACAGGCAGCUCUUGUACAGAAAAUCCAAGCACACGUCCAGAAACAGUUACCGGAAGAAAAAUAGUUACUUCUGUUAUAACGAAGAAAAACAUCACAACCACUGUGACAACAUCGGGAGAAUCAAAAAGCACAGCAUAUAUCGCUGUUCCGAUUGUGUUGGUGUUGCUCGUGUUGACUAUGCUUCUAUACAAAAGACACCUGAACCAAAAAAAAAUGGAUAUGCCACCCCCUUUCAAACCUCCUCCACCACCAGUCAAAUACACAUCAGUGAGGAACCAUGAUGUCCCCUUGACUGAUAUUCUUGUAUGAAUGCGUCAUGCACUUUUGUACUCACAAACCGUGGGCCACAUUUAUACUGACUGGAAGAUUUCUGCUGAAAAUCUUCACUCAAAAUGAAAAUUCUGUCAUCAAUAACUCAUUCUCAUCUCGUUCCAAACCCAUAAAAGUUCUGUUCAUCUUCAAAACACAAAUUAAGCUAUUUUUAAUGAUGCCUGAGAGAUUUAUUUUCCUUCAUUGAAAACCCAUGCAACCAAAAUGUAUGUAAUCCAUGGAUUACUAAAAUGUAAUCCAUAUUAAUUGAGCAGUUUAAUUCAUGUCUUCCGAAGAAAAACGGUUGCUUUAAAUGAUGAAUCGAUUUAGUUUAUGCUUUUGUUUACAUAUAAACAUUGAUAAACACACAUAUACAUUAAAUAUGUUAAAAAAUAUGUGUUUCCGAAGAUGAAUGAAACUCGUUCAAUUUUCAUUUUUCCGUGAAAUAACCCUUCAACCUUUUAUUUUGUAAAAAUACGAAGUCACCCACAUUUGUUGUGUUUUUAUGUGAUUUAUUUUACUGCACAUUUUCUCUGUAUUUGUGUCUUUCUGAAUAGGUUGUACAUAUAAUCUGUUGCUCUAAAAAAUUAUUUGUUCUU